UUCACGCGAACUACGCACACGUCACGGCAUGAUGGUGGCGCCGGCUGAGUCGGUGGUGGGAGUAGAGAAGUUCUUACUAAAGUGAAGUUUACGUGGACGCUAUGGCUCACUGACUCGGCGCUUUUACAGCCUUGCGGAGGAAACGCUUCAGGGACUUCACGACAGACAGACAGACGACAUGACAGCCAACGAGGACCAAGAGAUGGAGUUGGAAGCUCUUCGCUCUAUCUACGAGGGGGACGAGUGUUUUAAGGAAAUCAGCCCGGUGUCUUUUCAGUUUAGGAUAGGAGAUCUCGAGGACUCCAAAGCGUUCCUCUUGGAUAUUACAUGGACACAGUCCUAUCCUGAAUCUGCCCCGAAUAUGUCUCUAGAUGCCUUUUUCAACAACAGGAUUGCCUCAGAGACCAAGCAGUUGAUCAUGUCUAAGCUGGAGGAGCAGGUAGAAGCUAACCUGGGCACUGCCAUGAUGUACACCCUGUUUGAAUGGGCCAAGGAAAACCAGGAGGCCCUCAUGGAGAACCACCAGCCCAUAGUUACUGCUGUGACACUGGCACCCAGCAAUGAUGUGACAGCUAACAGCUCAGCGGCCAAAAAGAAGGAGAAGAAGGAGCAGCUUACCAAAGCACAGAAGAGGAGGAUUAUUAGCAGAACAGAUAACAAGGGUGAACUGCCAAGAGGUUGGAACUGGGUGGAUGUGAUCAAACUUAGCAAAACAGGAGGAAAAGAGGAGGACUAG